AUGAGGACCUCACGAUGCACUACCAGCAUCAACUGGCUUUACGAAUUGGCAGCCAACACAUCUCGCCACCAGUUCUCGUUCUUCUCCACCUCACCGCCUCAUAGGGCCAAGAACCAGCUAUAUACUUCUGUGCGCAGGCCCGACGACUUCCACACCUACCUGCUGCUUUCCUCGUCAUCCCGCGUCCCUCUCUUCACCUUGUGGACCACCUCAUGGUGCUCGACCUGUCGGGUCGUCGCCCCUCUCCUGCAGUCCCUCAUCGAGGAGGGCGUGGGCGAGGCUGAGGGCGGUGUCGCCUAUUGCCCCGUCGAGUACGACGCUCCGGACAUCAUGAGCCAAGGCCUCGGAAUGACGUAUAUGAUCACCUCGAUUCCGACCUUGCUUAGUUUUGAUGCCCAAGAGGCACAGGUGCAGACCAAGGUGCACGAUGCUCGCAAGCUGACGGACCGCCGCUUCCUCGAGGACUGGAUUCGCAACGAGGCCCGCCGCCAGGGCAAUCGCGGAGGUGGAGGAGGUGGUGGUCCCUCUGGAGGCUCGACUGGCAUCUUGGGAGGUUUGUUCGGCAGUUUGAACUGA